AGGAGAGAGUAGACAGGAAAAAAAUCAUGGAGGCAGAUAUAAUAGCAGAUCUUCGAUGCAAGCUCCAAGAAGUUGAAGAAGAGCGACUAAAAGCUGCACAGUAUGGUUUACAACUAGUGGAGAGCCAGAACGAAUUGCAGAAUCAAUUGGAUAAAUGUCGUAAUGAAAUGAUGACCAUGACUGAGAAUUAUGAACAAGAAAAAUAUACUCUUCAGAGAGAAGUUGAGCUCAAGAGUCGAAUGUUAGAAAGUUUGAGCUCUGAAUGUGAAGCUAUUCAACAACAACAAAAAAUGCACCUGGAGAAAUUAGAACAGCUGAGCAGAAGCCAUGGGCAGGAAGUGAAUGAACUAAAAAAUAAGUUAGAAAAACUGAAAGCCGAAUUAGAUGAAGCUAGGCUUAGUGAAAAGCAGCUGAAGCACAAAGUGGAUCAUCAGAAGGAACUCCUUUCUUGCAAAUCAGAGGAAAUGCGAAUAAUGUGUGAACGUGUACACGAAAGCAUCUCUUCAGAGACGCUGGCUCUUCAAAUUGAGCUCACUGAAAUGCAAAGUAUGAAGACCACCCUCAAAGAAGAAGUGAACGAACUACAGUGCAGACAAGAACAACUAGAACUUGUUAAUACGAAUUUAAUGCGCCAGGUAGACCGGCUUAAAGAAGAAAAAGAAGAGCGAGAGAAAGAAGCAGUUUCUUACUAUAAUGCCUUAGAGAAAGCUCGUGUAGCAAAUCUUCAGGUGCAGCUAGACCAGGCACUCCAGCAAGCCUUGGACCCUAACAGUAAAGGCAACUCUUCGUUUGCAGAGGUGGGAGAUCGAAGGGGAGCCAUGGAACGUCAGCUUAUCAGCAUCAAAGUCAAGUAUCAGUCACUAAAGAAGCAAAAUGCAUUGAAUAGAGAACAGAUGCAAAGAAUGAAGUUACGAAUCGCCACAUUGCUACAAACGAAAGGGUCUCAAGCUGAAUCUGAACAGCAGGAACGGUUACUUGCCAUGCUGGACCAGAAGAAUGGUGAAAUUAAACAUCUCUUAGGUGAAAUUAGGAAUCUGGAGAAAUUUAAGAGUUUAUAUGAAAGUAUGGAAUCUAAGCCUUCAGCCAACUCUGUUGCUCUGGAAGAUGACACCUAUUACACAGAUUUACUUCAAAUAAAGCUUGAAAACUUAAACAAAGAAAAUGAAAGCACUAAAGGUGAAUUGUCCAUCCAGCGAAUGAAAGCAUUAUUUGAGAGCCAGCGCGCUCUGGAUAUUGAGCGAAAACUUUUUUUGAAUGAAAGGUGCCUACAGCUUUCCCAAAGUGAAAAUAUGAAACUGAGAGCUAAACUAGAUGAGUUAAAACUGAAGUAUGAACCUGAAGAGAAAAUUGAAGUGCCUGUACUCAAAAAGAGGUGUGAGGUACUUCCUGUGGAUAUAACCACCCCUAACGAUGUAUGUACCACCAGUGCUGUUGAGGAAGAAGUUUAUAGAUUACCACCUCAGAAAGAGGAGGUACAGUCCUGUCCUAACAAUUUAGAAGAUAACUUGCAGUUGGAAAAGACAGUUUCUGUAAGCACAUCAGGAGUCAUUCUGUCUCCUUACAAAAAUCUGUCCGUGGGUAUUCAGCCAAGGAAGGAAAAGAAAUGUGUGAAACUUAUAGGAGUUCCAGCUGAGUCGGAAGCCUUAAGUGAAAGAAGUGGAAACACCCCUAACUCUCCCAGGUUAGCUGCUGAAUCAAGGCUUCAAACAGAAGUUAAAGAAGGGAAAGAAACUGCAAGCAAAUUGGAAAAGGCAACCUGUAAGAAAUCACACCCUAUUGUAUACGUGUCCUCCAAAUCAACUCCAGAGACCCAGUGCCCUCAGCAGUAAAGACUUAAUAAGAGUAAGGUACCACUUGCCCAAAAGAUUGCUCUGGAGGUUAGUUAAG